AUGGCUGUUUACGCUUUUUUCUCCAAACAUUCUACCACUGCUUUCAUAGGAGAGGCAAUGGAACUGCCAACGGCUCCCGACAAUACUUUGUUUAUGACUACACUACAGUCUUCAUAUCCUGGUGCAACAGGCAUGAAGUUCAAAAACCCAAAGACAGGCGCUCUUCGGGCUGUCGCGGUCGAUGCAUCAGGUACAAAGCUUCUUCCACCAUCUGACGGUUGGGACGACAAAGUUUUUACCGUCAUCACAUCGAAUGCUCGAAGUGAACGAGGUACGAUGAGCGUUUGGCCCUAG